AUGAUGGGCGAGGGCCUGCUCACCCUGACGUACGGCAAGCACCACGCCUGCAUCCUGAACGAGGUGGGCGCGGCGUGGCGCGGCGCCAGAUAUUCAGACCUGGUGCUGGUCUGCGACGACGCCGUGCCGCUCGCCGCCCACCGGAUCGUCAUGGCAGCGGCAUCUCCCUUAAUAAGGAAAAUACUUGACGAUACACCAUCGGUCGAGAAUCCAGUCACGAUUCACAUGUCCGGCAUCAACAGUACCCUAAUGAGGCACCUACUUGUCUUCCUGUACAGCGGUCAAGCAUACAUAGAGUCUGGAGAAAUCGAUGAUAUGCAAGAACUGUUCGAACUGUUGGAGAUAAAAUCGGACGUUUGGAAAUCGACAAAGGAACGCCAGCAACAGGAAGAGAGGAACAGAUCGUGCGACAGAUUAAAAGCCAAAACCCUUAAGACGGACAUAAACAGCAACGAGAGCAGUAAACAUGACGCGCCAUCGGGGUCAUCACAUUCUGAGAGCGAUAGAAUUACACCGAGCGCGGGCUACAGUAAGGACAAGGAGAGGGGCGAUAGUGAAUCGCUUAGUAUAAAGAAGGAAACAAUGUCGACAAGCAGUAACGACGAAAGAGAUGAUGAGGAGCCCGAUAGAGAAAACAGAGGCAAAGAGUGCGGUCGCCUGUCAAGCCGGCGGAGGAGUUCGUCUAACCCCGUCAAUUUAUCAUUAGCUAGGAACUCUGAAAAUACAGGCAGCGAACACGAUGAUUGUCAGGAUCUCGAUGUCGAAACGGUCACAGCAAAGAAUAUUGGAAGAAGAAGGUCGACGUCGUCAAGCCAAGAAGAUCCGCCACAAGAGACGGUAUACAGAAGACAACUAUUAAAUGAUCGAUUAGGCAAAGGUAUUGAAAGGGCUAAGAGAAAAUCACAUUACCUCGAACCUCCUGAGUUGGACCUGCGAACGGUGAAGCUAGAGGAUUACGCACAACUCAAACCGCCCGACCAAGAUCUAAUGACGCUAGUUCAGACGUCUCCGGAAAAUUACGUCGUCACCCCGCAUAGGAAAAGAAGACCAGGCUUCCACAAUUCACCGUCGCAAAAUCCACCAUUCGUGUCUUUCCCCCCAAGUUACCUGGAAGAGAUGGCACAUUUAAGAUACGCACAAGGUCCAGGUGUAGCGGCCAGCGUGGCCAGUGGUCGGCUUGGUACCUUUCACCCGUUAAGUGCGUCGGCGCCGCCCUAUUUACCGGAGAGGAGCGCGACUCCGCCGGCGGCGGCGCACGAAGACGCGCUAAAGUACCGACCGCCCAGCGCGGGAUCCUGGGGCCCGUGGCUGUGCCAACCGCAAAUGGGCGGCGACGACACCCCCUCCACGGAGCACGAACAGGGAUCGAGCAAACAAGCGCCGGUUCGCGAAUACCGAUGCGAGUACUGUGGCAAACAAUUCGGUAUGUCGUGGAAUCUCAAGACGCAUCUGCGGGUGCACACGGGCGAGAAGCCUUUCGCUUGCCGGCUCUGCGUCGCGAUGUUCAAACAGAAGGCCCAUUUGCUGAAGCACUUGUGCUCGGUGCACCGUAACGUUAUAUCAUCGAGCGAGAACGACGGCCGAACCAACACGCCGGGCCGUUUCAACUGCUGCUUCUGUCAGCUGACGUUCGAAGCGCUGCCUGAGCUCAUCAGACACCUGUCGGGACCGCACAAUAGUCUGCUAUUGAGCAAGAACUUGCACGAA